AAGCGUCGCAACACAAUGCCUAAAUUUCCGACCAAGCGUUUCCACAACGAAGAUGCCGCCCGCGGCACUCACACACCCAGCAUCGCGAGGUACACCAACUCACGGGCCCUGCGCUCCGUCUACGGCCAGCUGCCCAAUGCGCUGGCCAGCCAGAGGGCGGGCGGCCGAGGAGGAGCAGGUGAAGCUGGAGCUGGAACUGGAGCUGGAGCAGCGCCGGCACAGGAACCACCACGCGUGUGGAACUGCAACAAGCCCAAGCCCAAGGCGAAGCCGGCGAACAGAACCUAUGGCGUCUAUGCCAAGCGGCAUGCCAAUUCCGUGGGCAAAGAGGCCUCCAAGAUGGGCCUCAGGCAGUGGGCACAUCCGCCCUAUCCCGUGCAGCGUGCCAAGGAGGAGAGGCACCGCCAGGGGGAGAGAGCACGCCGCUACGAUGCCUUCUAUGUGCCCUUCGAACCGCCGGAGUCCCCGGCCCAGGCGUUCUUUGUGCCGCUGAACGACAAUCGGGAGAUGCCGCAGCCCAGGCGACUGCGGACCAAAGCAGAGACGAUGCCCGCAGAGGCUGAUGACCAGGGGGAGCCGCGCUACAGAUCCUUCCAGCGGCUGCUCCCGGCUGGAGAGCGGUAUGCUUUGAAGACCGCCGAGAUGGCCAGCCUAAUAGCGGAGGCCAAAGGGCGCCUGCGGCUGCUGAGGGCCAGCGAGCCGAUGGAAGUGGAUGGGGAUGUGGAUGAGGAGCCCCUGCUGCCGCCGCCGCCGCAGUUCGCCGAGGAUCCCACCGAGUCCAGCAAGCGACUGAUGCUCCAGCGCUCGCGCACGGAGAUUCUCUUCUCCACCAUCGACUGCGACGAGACGCUGUACAAGUACGCCUGUCAUCUGCCCUUCGUGCGGGAUCCGGGCAAUCCCGGGGCCUCACGGCCGAGGAUGCCCCGAUUUUCGUCCCAGUUGACGAUCUAAAUUGAAAGGCAGUCACCUGACCCUUUGGCUGCGUUUCCACUUGCUUAUAUUUUGUUACCUGCUGAGUUGGCGCCAAAAAAAUGUUGAUUUCUUGUGGAUUUUCACUGUAGCCCGCGGUUCUGCCGGGCGAUGCAGGAUUGCCUCGGCCGUUGACUUUCCAAGAUUAUCCUGUAGACAGUGAAUUAAAGUAAAUGGUAUUCCA